AGAAAGAGGAGCAAACAGAACGAGGGAGUGAGCCAUCGAGACCAGAAGGGACCUCUCAGAAGAAGCUCAAACUUGCUCCUAUUCCAAGCCAACCCAGCAGGAUGGACACAAAAGGUUCAUUUCUCUACGGGCUCCUGUUGCUGCUGCUCUUCCAGUUCCAGUCCAACCGAGCCAACCCCAUCUACAGCCUCAGCCCUGCCAAAGAACUGGCCAGCAUGGAGGCACUCCUGGAGAGGCUGGAGGACAAGUUCUCAUUGAUGGAAGCCCUGGAGUCUAGCCCUGACCUGCAGGAGCCUAAAGCUGAGGAAGAGAUGCCGGCAGAACUCUUAGAGGACAGCGAUGUCCCACAGCCUGAGCCCAGGUUCACCCCUAGUGCCCCUCAGUCCUACCGUGACCCCUUCCUCAAGAAGCUGAGGGGGCUGCAGGCCCCCAAGAUGAUGCGCGACUCUGGCUGCUUUGGGAGGAGGAUUGACAGAAUCGGCUCCCUGAGCGGGAUGGGCUGCAAUGGCUCCAGGAAGAAUUAAAGCCACUUUCCAGCACUCUUGAAGGAUGCUUUCCAGUGCCCAUCUCUCCCCGGAUGCUUACCAUGUGCUUUCUAAACUCUGUCAUGGAAAAAAGUUGUGCCUAUUUAUUUAUUUUUAUUUAUUUAUUUAUUCAAUGUUUUAUAAAAAGAACAUUUCUUACUUUCACACCAACAGAUCAUGUUGAAAUAAAACUAACACAUUAGUCUUCUAGGCU